AUCACCUCCCUCCUCCCCCCUUCUCUCCCUACUCCUCCUCUUCCUCUCGUUCUCUUAAUAGAUGGAUACAAACUCUUUUUCCAAAUCUAGCAACAAAGUAAAUCUUAUAUUACGUAAUCUUGUGUUGUUGUGUGUUAGUGUUCGCUAUAUCAGUCAAAUACAUGUAAAAUCAAUAUCAUACAACAUAAGAAGUAUAUAUACUUUAUGUUUCAAUGGGAGCAUAAUGGAAGCAUAACAUUUAAACGCUCAAGUAAAGUUUCCUUUAAAAAUUUGUGUUUGUUUACAUCCUGGGGCUUUUGGGAGGAUAUUUGCGUAAUCACAACAUAUUGUUAACAAAAGUUAACAAAGUAAUGACCAUGUGAAGCUGUUACAGCAGAAGUCAGGCAUGAAAUCCAUGAAGGAGUAGAAAGCUGCUGUACGUCAGUGUUCUGCAGAAUUUUUGUGGAAAAAAAGCUCAAUCAAUCAAAAAGAAAGAAAAAGGACAGUGGAAAGAAGUGAAUGGAGCACAGAACACUUCAGAAGUGAAGAGUGGGACUGAAGUUUGGGUGCAGCUGCGUUCUGUGGCUCCUCCUGCUGCCCCGCAGAACUCACCACAGUCUGGGGCAAAAGCCAAAGCAUAAACGUCCGCGCUUUAUCCAUUUGUCAGAGGGUUUGUUAAUAAACGCAUGUUUGAACUUUCCAAAAAAGUUUCCAAAGUGAAAAGUGAGUUUUUUUAUCGAUGGCGAAAGGUUUCUGAUUAAUGAAACCGAUUGGCAAGGCAAGGCUUUUAUUCGUAUAGCACAUUUAAUCGUUAAUUGUCAAAGUGUUGAACAGUUAAGAACACUGAUUCAAACAAAAACACUAAAUUGAAGAUGAAAAAGUCAACGCUAAAGAAACUAGAAAUAGAAUAAACUUUGCAGUGCGGUUUAACGCUGACUUUGUUCUCGGUAGAAAGUGAACCAGGCGAGAGCUCCUGGCGGUUUACUAGAUAUCUGCAGAUCAGAAAUGUACCCUGGCCUUCACUGAUAGCACAUAAAAAAACACAACCAUUGACCCUGCAGGUUAACAUUUUAAUUACAGCAUUGAUAUCACAUCAUGUGAGUUUAUAUUUAUGCUGGCAAGUGAAGGUGAAAACAUUUUUACUUUGCAAAAAAAACUAAAGUUAAGUUUUGGCCUCCACUUUAUCCCUGAUUGUACGUAUUUACUGUGGAGGCCACUUAGUUGUUUACUCCUUCGCUGUCAGAAACCUACGCAUAUUAUAUUGUUACAGCUCACCAACCUGUCAAUCACUUCCGUCAAUCCCUGUGCAUCUGAGCGCUGGUGCUAUUGUGUGAGUGGCACUGUUGUUUGUACAGUUUCUUUACCGGCAGACAUUUUGUGUGUGUCCGUGUGUGUGUGUGUGUGUGUGUCUGAGGGCAAAGAGAGUAUGUUUUUUUUGUCCAGUUUAAGUCAAGCUGUCUCAGACCUCCAGAGGCGGGGAGGCUGACUCGGCACACGGCGAGGCUGAGGAUGGGCUCUCUUCCCUGGGCUCGCGGCUCUGGUCGGCCCUGGAGGUCUGCCGGCUCCCUUUGGGGCUGGGCAGCGUCAAGGCUACCGCAACAUCUGGACUGGGCAUCACGGUUGUUUCCGGGGGAUGAGGAGAUGCAGAUUCUGACCCACAGCGACGAGCUGAACAGAAGCUAUGGUGAGAACACAGAUGACCCCCGAAGAGAAAGAACCUCGCCUGGAAGAACUGAGCAAGAUAAUCCCAGUGUCCCAGAAUCCACCUGCACCUUUCUGCAGGGGACCCCAGUUUUCAAAGAAACCAGAGCCACCGUCACCGUGACCUCAGCGGUUUCCAGUCAGUCUGCCAGAGGAAGAGGAUCCUCCGAGAAACACGGACUUCCUGAGGACGGAGAGGGGACCGAAGGGGGAGAGGAAGGUGUGGAGGGGACUUCUCACUUCUGUAGCAGCCCGGAUGAAGUUUGUCCAGCGCAGAGCCCCAACGCGGGGGUCCGAGGUGGGGAUCCCACUCUCACCAUCACCACCUGGGAGGCGGGCUGGAAUGUCACAAAUGCUAUCCAGGGGAUCUUUGUGUUGGGUUUACCCUUCGCUCUGCUCCGCUCAGGUUAUGUGGGGCUUGUUCUGCUGGUUCUGUCAGCGUGGUUCUGCAACCACACAGGGAGGAUCUUGGUGGCCUGUCUGUAUGAAGAGGAACAAAGCAGCGGCUCGGUGUCAAUGGUCAGAGUCCGACACAGCUACCAGGACAUAGUGGAAGCCGGCUGCAAAGGCCUCUGGCCCAACUUGCCUGCACUGGGGGGGUGGCUUGUUAAUGUAGCUCAGGUCAUUGAACUGCUGAUGACCUGCACCCUGUAUCUGGUCGUCUCCACCAGCCUGCUGUCCGACAGUCUCUCGGGGAUGGCUGUCCCUAGAUCAGUGUGUUCUCUGGUGUCUCUGGUGUUCCUGCUGCCUUGCCUGCUGCUAACUGAUCUCAGGCCAGUCUCCACCCUCAGCCUGCUGUGCUCCCUGGCACACAUACUGAUCAGCCUUCUGGUCAUGCUGCACUGUCUGAGUCGAGCCAGCAGCUGGUCUUGGUCCACUCUGCCUCUGUCUGUGGACCCGGAGGACUUCAUCGUCUCCGUGGGCGUCAUCAUCUUCUCCUACACCUCACAGAUCUUCCUCCCUCCUCUAGAGGGCAGUAUGAAGGACAGAGGGCAGUUUAACUGCAUGCUGGGGUGGACGCAUGGAGCCGCCUGCAUCAUGAAAACGCUGUUUUCCUUGCUGGCGGUGCUGACCUGGGGGGCCGAGACCAGUGAGGUCAUCACGGACAACCUGCCCUCUGACCUUCGGCCUCUCAUCAACCUGAUCCUGCUGGCUAAAGCCCUGCUGUCCUACCCUCUGCCCUUCUACUCUGCUGCAGAAAUACUACAAAGCUGUCUGCUCGCAGAUGUCUCAUCCCACUCCAAACCCCGAGGCCGAGGCGUGUCUCGUCUGGCCGUCCUGCUCCGCCUCGCCUUGCUGAUGACAUCAUACCUACUGGCCCUGAUAGUCCCCAGGUUCUCCCUGUUGAUGGGUUUGACAGGCAGCGUGACCGGGGCGGCCAUGACACUCAUACUGCCGUGCCUCUUUCACCUCCGGCUGCAGUGGGGCCGCCUCACUGUGGAGGAGCGGCUGAUAGAUCUGUGUAUACUGAGUCUAGGAGUCAUCUGCAGCGUGUCUGGAGUGAUCUGUUCAGUGAAAAGACUGGUGGGAGGAAUGUAGGAUGAUGGAUGGAUGGAUGGGAAAAUGAUCUGUGUUAGAAAGCGUAGCUCAUAAAGCAGCUAUUCAUACCAACUACGCUGCAAAUGAAAGGGUCAAAAGCGGCAAAUCUACUGAGAAUUAUGAUCAACACUGCAGAUCCCUUCACAUACACACAGGUGUUUGUUAUCUGGUCCGUAACCAGUGGCGGCCGGUCAAUAGGGGGCCACCUGGAGCCCCCACCCCCCUUUAGUAAAAAAAAAGAAGAAAAGACGUUACAUCACAUGUUAUUUAGCUGACGCUUUUAUCCAAAGCCACUUACAAUAAGGGCAUUUCAACCAUAGGGAUACAAACUCAAAAGAACAAGAAAUAAGAAAGUGCAAAUUUGGAUGUAGACGGAACCCCGUCCAUUCACAGCACGGUACGUAAGUGUUUUGAACCGGAUGCCACCGGUAGCCAGUGAAGGGAGCGGAGUAGUG